CGUGAUCUUAUAGGAGUAUCGGAACGUGAGCAGACCGUUCUUUAUUAUUUAUUGCACACCAACCGUACAAUAUUUGUCAAGAUCAAAACUGUCCCUUACAUUCGCAGCGGAGUUGAUGGAGUAUUUUAAAUCUCCAGUUCAAGCUUUGAAGUCCUCAAGUAGAGAACAGGUCAUGGUAAACGCUGGAUGCUUCUUGGCAUGCAUUAUGAAAAAAGGUGGCCUGGUAAAGUCAACAUAAUAAUCUUCCAAACAGAAUUGAAAAAUGUAGAAUUCAACGUUAAAAAGAUUUGCGGAUUCACGAAUAUGGUUUUUCAUUGAUCAAUGUUUAGAUGACAGAAAACACGGUAGAAGUGGAGAAAUUAAUAAAAUUCUUGCCCUCAUCAAACGAUAACGAUUCGGACAAAAGAUUGCUCGCAUACAGAAACAUAUGGAGGCGUGUGCAGAAGCUGCUAACCGAAUCUAUUUCCAAAAAUUAUUCUAAUUCUCUGUAGAUAUCUUUGAUCAAUCAUAUUCACAUGCUCAUUUGAUGUUUCAGUUGAAGGGCUAGAAAACCCAUGCGAAGUCGCCCUGACUUAUCGUGAAUGUGUACAUGCGCGCGUGAAUCGUCGACCGUGACCGAACUUUAUAUAAAUUCCGUUCAAGAAUAACCAUACGGCUAGUAGUAAAUAAACAGUAGACGUUUGAUCAAAAGAACAACCUUCUAGUAGUAGAUGAAUAUUCCCUUUAAGGAUUCCUUACUUUAACUCCGUUUAAUGCAGAAUUACGCUGCAUUUACAUAAUAAUAAUAAUAUUUCUAAAAAAUUAUAGAAUACUAGUACUGCCUAUUUAGAACGAGUGUCCAGUUACUAUAAAUUACAUAACAUCUUCAACUAUUAUAAAUACCUGUACGCAGGAAGUCUUAACAAUGCAAACUGAGCCAAACUAGACACAAUUAUAUCAGAUAGAAAUCAGAACCAGCUGCCCGCACCGAUCUUUUGUUUCAACUAAUCGAAAUGAAGCAGCAAAUUAUUUACACAAGCAGGUAUAAGUAGAACUUCGCGUAACAUAGAUUUCAUUUGGUAAGAAGAUCUAGAACAUUCAACAGCCUUUCUUUGUUUGAAGAAUGAAGAACUUUUUACUUGUUUUGUGUCUACUCUGCUGUCACAUAAUCGUAAGCGAAUGUUCAUUACAAGAGGUUGCGGAGAGAUUCGAAAUACCUGUGGUACUGAUGAUUGAAUGUACUGACCGUGCAGGAAUAUCAGAGCCGGAGCUGCUCCAAUAUUUUAGUGAUUCUGAUAUAAGUUUCAAACAUUGGCGUAGGACAGACUUUAUAGGAAAAGUCGGAUGUUUCCUGUUUUGCAUUCAUGAAAAAGAAGGUUUGAUGACAGGAACUAUUAUACAUAUCGAGAAAUUAAUAGGCGCCAUGUCCUCAAUAAUGGAUAUGAAUUCGGAAAAAGGUGUACGUAUGCAAAAAGCUAUGAAAGAAUGUGGAGAAAAUGUUAAAGGGAAACAGGACCCAUGCGAAGUCGCUCUAGUAUUUCGUGAGUGUGUAUAUAGCAUCAUGAGAAGUUAAACGUGAAACAACUUUGUAUGAAUUGUGUUAAUAAAGUAUCGUACGGUUUCUAGUAAAUAAACAACAGACAU